UCAUCAAGACACACCUGUUGACCUGGAAAUCCGCGAACCUUUACUGGCGGUUGAACUUCACAUAUUUGGCUUGAUGACUCAAAAAAAUACCAAUAGGAACUAGAAAGGCGCCAUAAGCGGUGUAAAGUUGCAUUAUACACUUUGAACAGAAUUAAAGCGCGUUAAUUAAGGGGAAAAAGCACGUGCGCAGACAGAGAGCGUUAAACCCCCGCUGGGAUCCAGCCUUCUCCCACCGGGAUGUCUGCAGGAAUGAAAUGUCGCAGACAGGUCCGAGCUCAGCUGCACACCUGACGGACGCUUACCCCCUGAACCUGACUGUGGUGGUCCUCCUGCUCCUUCCCUGCGUGCUCCUCCUGCUGCUCCUCAACUGCUUCUUCCUGGUUUACAAGCUCCUCAUCCUGAUUAAGCGCAAGCGGCGGAGGCGGGGGGACACCGAGGAGGUGCUGCUGCGCUCCACCCUGCCCAGAGUCAGGCUCUCCGACGCCGUCUUCUCCCCGCUGCAGGACGCUGGGAGGGCCUACAUGUCAGUGUCCGAGCCCGUCCUCCCGCAUCCGGUCACCUCCUCCAGGGCGUCGUCCCGGGAGAGGCUGGGUGUCAAUGACAGGGUGAGGGUCCGACUGCUGAGGCCCGACGGCGCCACGGGGUCGGGGUCCCUGAGGGCCCCGAGCAGCAUCCGGGCCGCCUCAUCCGCAUUCACCCCUAGACUGGAGGCGCCCUGGAGCAUGAGCGCACCGGUGCUGACCCAAUCCAGUUGCUCAGAAACCGAAACCAGAAUCAACCUGGUUCCUCCAAACUCCCCAACGAUGGAGCACAUCGGCCACAUCCGGCGCAGCAGCACUCGUGAGAAGCUGUCAGAAUCUGCAGUUCAUCCGUUUGACAAAGUGAUGGCUGAGUGCGAGUUCACCGACCCAAUGACAGACAUGUCCUGUCUGAACACGACCGCAGUGGGUCCCGGGCUUGACAGCGACUUCGGAGCAAGUGCAGGUGUUUCCCUGCGGAUUCUGUCUGCAGACAGUGACGGCUUGUCCAACGGGGUGUUGGCUUCAGCUCUGGAGUGGGAUUAUUAUGACCCCUGCUAUGUCAAACAAAACAACAUCCCCAAGCAUAAACACCCCAUGCCUGCAGUACACACUAGGCAGUACUGGGUGUGACCAAUAGUUUUAGAAUUUGUCAGAUUUUACUGUUUAAAUGGCACAGCGGUGUGCAUGUUUUAGCAUUAGGACACUUUUUAUUGCCACAAAUGUGCACUUUGACGCAACACCUCCGUUUUUGAUGUUAUUUCCACUUUGUAAAUAACUCACCCUGACACUUGAUUUGUUCGUUUUUCUCUAACAAAAAAAUAUGUAUUUAAAAGGCAUCACUUAUGUUGUAAAAAUCUUAAAUAUUCACAUUUAUUUGUUUGUUUGUCUUCACCGAUUCAUAACUAAAGUUUGUCUGUUUCACACGGUUUCCUCUUCAGAUUCACCCAAAUAAGUAUUUAAUAAAGUCCUUUUUUAGAAAGUUGA